UUUUCUUUGUUGAAGAAAGCAGAUAUGAUUUUGCCGCAAAAGUUAUGGCAACUAGUCUUAGUUUUGGCAUUUCUUUUAGUGCAGCAGUACUGCGCUGCGGUUGGCACUACUGAAAACCCUUAUCAAACCAAUGCCGGAAUUGAUAAAAAUUUUGAAGUAAUCGAUGUGGCGCAUCAGAAUCUUAAUGGCAAUAAGCUGCAAACUGGUCAAACUACACGUAUUUUCACUGCUGGCAACGUAGACGAUAAUUUCUGGUUAAAGCAUUUAGGAGAUGACUUCAAACAUGCGAUACACCUUAAUGUAGGUAACAAUAAUUCUCCUAGUAGCGGAUACAACCUCACCAAUGAUGGCACACCAUAUAAAAUCGAACACGAAUACCUAACGAAUGUAAACCCAGUGCAAUAUAGCGCAACCAAACAGAAUGAACAACCAAGCAAUCAAGCCUAUAUAAAAUCCUCAAAUAGCAGCUUUCCACAUUAUUUGAGCGCAAACAGUAAUAAUACAUCAACGAUGGGAGAGACAAAACAAACACCUAACAUCAAUUUAGAUAAUACACAAAGUAAGCCAUUCGAACAAGUAUUUACUCUUGAUCACUCAGGUAUUAAUUUAGCACAACGUUUUUAUGAUCCAAAAACAUUUGAUAUACCAUCUAAUUCGCAAAACAAUAAAUACUCACAAUAUGAUCAAUUGAGACCUAUUUCUCCAAAAUUUAACCAACAAUAUUAUCAACAGAAAGAGCUUGCGAAUAUUGUCACUAGUAAUAUUAACUCAGCUAAACAGAGUUCACCAGUUGUAAUUACUUUACCCGAUACACGAAAAGAAGUGCAGCAUUAUGGUGACAGCGAGAAGGCUGUAGUUGUCAAGUUACCACCAGUAAUAUAUCACAGUAAACCCCUAUAUACACAAGAAUCUACACACAACUCCAAAGAUAACCAACAGAAACACACAAAUACACAUUUACAAAGCACUCAAGAAAAAACUAACACAAAUACACAACACUCACAAACAUAUAAACAACAUCAAAACUAUCCACAACUCAAACAUACACAAGAACACAAUCAGAAACCAGAAUCCCAUCAACCGACAUACAAUGCACAAUAUAGAGGAGACUCGUAUCACCCAUCAACAAGUGACAUACAAAAAUCCUACCAACACCAAGCAAGUAGUCAUGACAAGACUCAUAAGGAAGUGCGGUACACAGCCAGUAAACAGUCCAACACCGCUAUUUAUGGCAAUAGCCAGAAAGAUUCUGUUCAUGGUGCAACAAAUGAUUAUAAACGUCCUAGCCGGGCAAUCGAAUAUCUGUAUUAGUAGGUUUUCUAAAUAACCCAGAUUUAAGUUAAGCUAUUCAAAUUAUGCAGACGAUAUGACUGAU